UAUUACAGGAGGAUAUCUACUAUCCACAUCCUCUGAUUCAGGAUCUGAUGUGGGACAGUCUGUACGUAUGUACCGAGCCUCUGCUUACUCGUUGGCCUUUGAACAAGUUGGUCAGGGAGAGGGCUCUUCAAGUAACAAUGAAACACAUCCAUUAUGAAGAUGAGAAUAGUAGAUACAUCACCAUUGGUUGUGUGGGGAAGGUGUUAUGCAUGCUUGCCUGUUGGGCUGAGGAGCCAAAUAGUGAUUAUUUUAAAAAGCAUCUUGCUCGAAUCCCGGAUUACCUUUGGGUUGCUGAAGAUGGAAUGAAGAUGCAGAGUUUUGGAAGCCAAGAGUGGGAUACUGGUUUCGCUAUUCAAGCUUUGCUUACUAGUAACCUCAUCCACGAAAUUGGACCUGUACUCAAGAGAGGACAUGACUUCAUCAAGAAAUCUCAGGUCAAGGAGAAUCCUUCUGGUGAUUUCAAGAAAAUGCAUCGUCACAUUUCCAAGGGAUCUUGGACUUUCUCUGAUCAAGAUCAUGGAUGGCAAGUUUCUGAUUGCACUGCAGAAGGCUUGAAGUGUUGCCUGCUAAUGUCCAUGUUGCCACCAGAAAUUGUUGGUGAGAAAAUGGAACCUCAGCAGUUAUAUGAUGCGGUCAAUAUUCUGCUCUCUCUGCAGAGCAAAAAUGGAGGAUUAGCUGUGUGGGAACCAGCUGGAGCUCAAGAGUGGUUGGAAAUGCUUAAUCCCACAGAAUUUUUCGCUGAUAUAGUCAUUGAGCAUGAAUAUGUUGAGUGCACUGCAUCUGCAAUCCAUGCCUUGGUUUUGUUUAAGAAGUUGUAUCCUGGGCAUUGGACGAAAGAAAUCGAAGAUUUUAUUACAAACGCUAUACGCUACCUUGAAAAUGUACAAAUGCCUGAUGGUUCAUGGUAUGGAAACUGGGGAGUUUGCUUCACAUAUGGUUCAUGGUUUGCACUUGGAGGGCUAGCAGCAGCUGGAAAGACAUACACCAAUUGUCUAGCUAUGCACAAAGGUGUUGAAUUUCUGAUCAGAACCCAAAGAGAGAAUGGUGGCUGGGGAGAGAGCUACAAAUCAUGCCCUGACAAGAGAUAUGUUCCUUUGGAAGAAGGUAAAUCAAAUUUGGUGCAUACUGCAUGGGCUAUGAUGGGUUUGAUUCAUGCUGGACAGGCGGAAAGAGAUCCAAUGCCUCUUCACCGCGCUGCAAAGCUGAUAAUUAAUUCUCAAUUGGAAGAUGGUGACUUUCCCCAACAGGAAAUCACUGGAGUCUUCAUGAAAAACUGCAUGCUACACUAUGCAGCAUAUAGGAACAUUUUCCCACUGUGGGCACUUGCAGAGUACCGCAAACUUGUUCCAUUGGCUUAAUCCCGUGCAAAAGGGUUUGAUUCAUGAACUUCUGAAACUUAAUGAUCAAACAGGAAAGAAGUGACGGCUUAUGGGGACUUGUUGACUCCGUUUUACUACCCGAUACUCUUUUCUUUUGUAACUUUCAUAAUGGCUAUUCAUGAAUGUACAAAUGUCAAUGAGUUGAUAUUCUAUCCUACAAAUGGAGAGGAUGGAGCU